GGAUUAUUGCGCGGCUUGUCUGAAGGUGUUGCUACUAUCUAUGGCUAACUGUUAUGUAUGGUGAUUUCCAUUAAUGUCUGCAGGAGAAGAAACUCAUUCUCAAUGUAACGUGACUAAAAUACCGAAGAUUUGUGUGGACAACAAUUUGGAGAUGGUCGAUUGCUAUGAUGGCGGUCUGUGUGGGAAAUCUGAGGAGGAUUAUUAUAUUGCCGAGGAGCAGACGUUUGGUAUUAACGAAUUGUCUUACUUAUCACGUCUAUCAUGUGCUAGUAACCACAAGAAGUUCCUACUGGCUGUUGUGCUUCUUUCUCAGUGCAGUGAGGGCUACCGCCACGCCACACUGCAGUGGUUAAACAAUACCACGAUGGAAUCAAGUGAAGGUUCAGACCAAGUUUUUUCAGAUCCUGAAGAACAUCGUUCAACUGUAUUAUCGUCAAAUAGUGAAUUGUUAGACAGGUUAAAAAAGUUUGGAUUACAAUGUAAUGAUAAAUCAUGUCAACACAUACGUCAUGAUUCUGUUCCAAAUAAGUUAGAAGAUGAUCAUAUCGAAUUCUAUGGCAUUCCUCAGGCUAAAAAUCUUACCAAUGAUAUACCAGCAGACAUUGAAUUGAUAUCACAGAACUCUCAGAAAAUUAAAAAACAGUACUUAGAACUAGUUAGCGAGAAAUUCGUCUCUUCUCUUCUUGAUGAUUAUGAUUCGUUAAUUAAAGAGAUUCAGUGUAGUAAUGCGCCAUUACGUGAAGUAGCAGUUCAGACGUCUGUUGGUCAAUUAUUUAUCGCUACAAUUCUGCAUACAUCACUCAAUGAAGAUGAUCGAAAAUGGUUGUUAUCUUCUAUACAAAGUAAAUACAAAAAAAUGUCAGGAGAAGAUAAUCUGUCGCCGAAAGAGAAUUCUAUGGAUGAUGAUCUACGCUCAAAAUUGUUUGACUGUUUAAUUGAUCUUGGCUUAGAUCUUUCUUGUGCAUUGCAGCGUAUGAAAUCAGACGCAUCACUUUCACAUUCACUAACCUCUUCUGGAUUUCUAUCGGGUUCUGGUGGUUCAGAUAGUCAGUAUGAUUUACUCAUGGAGGCAUCUAAUUCCGGAUCCCAGACAUUAAGUACUAACAAUACUUUAAAUAACAACACAAAGACUAAUUAUGGUACAUUGUUAACUGUACCAAAUGCUGAUGGUAAAUGUGGUUUAUCAAAUAGUUUUUACAAUUGUCUCUACCCGUUUAACUCAUCUUCACAUUUCUCCUAUCGAAGACUGUCUGACAUCCCUACAGUAUCUAACUUGUAUUCCUCCUCCACCUCCACCUCCUCGCCCUCUUCCUCCUCUUCAUCAUCUUCACAAUGUCCUACACAGUCGGCAUCCAAUAAUGAGAAUAAUAAUGAAGGAAAUAAAACCCUAGACGGUGCUGGUUCAGAUUCAAAUCCAAAUCCACACGCUACAGUGGCCAAAGAUUUAAAUGACUUCCCAGUAGUAGUCAGUUCAUCAGAAUUAUCGACAACUGUUCAAACUCCAGCUGCUGAUAUAGAUGAUGGACAGGCGAAAUCGUCUUCAAAUGUGGAUUGCCAGCAAAGAGUAUCAAUAAGUAGUACAUUGAGUGAUUCCAGUUCAAUUUCAUCAAGUAAUCCAGACUUAGGUAUUUGUAUCCCACAUUCACCUACGUCAAUAGUUUUAACUUCUACAUCACCAGAACUUGUAAAGAAUUUCGAAAAUCUCAGUAUAUACACUAACAAUUCACUGAAUCAUUGUCUAACAAAAACGUCGGAGAGUGAAUACGCCUCUGAUGAUCGUAAUUCCAUGACAAAUCAGCAUUCCAACAUGAUGGUGAAUGAUCAUUGUUCAUCAUCACCACUAAACAUUAUUUAUCCUCAUAUGACGUCACACUGUCAUCCACGUGAAGAAUUACUUGAUCAUGUUUCGAUUAAUUUCCCUGAAACACAAGAUGGAUCAAGUCAGUGUUUGAGUAUUUCUACGAAUUCAGUUAAAGCAAUUAGUUCUAAUGAUAGCAGAUGUACUUCGCAUUAUAGUUCUACUGACGAGAAUAAUAACUUUUUAAAUCCAUUUUCUGGAAUGACAGCUGUUCCAUUUUGGUUAAAAAGUCUACGAUUACACAAAUAUGCUAGUCUUUUUCAAAAUCUAUCUUAUGAUGAAAUGAUGUCUAUCACUGAUGAUUGGUUGAAAGAGCAUGACGUUACACAAGGUGCAAGAAAUAAAAUCUUAUUGAGUAUUGAAAAAUUAAAACAUCGAAAGUCUAUUUUAUGCACAAUGGAAAAGUGUCUCUGCGAAAUCCCCUCCACAGGUCAAUUAGCUCGAUCCACCUUGCAUUCUUGUUUAUCUGAAAUUAAGCAUAUCCUGUUGACACCGAUUAAACCAUACUUUUAUCAAUCAAUAAAUCAUUCCAUGCAUUUAUGUCAACCUGUUUACUCUGCUUCUUCUGCGUCUGCUUUUGCUUCAUCUUCAUCCUCCUCGCCAUCACCGUCGUCUUCUGCUUCUGUUUCUUCGUCGUCAUCUUCAUCUGCUGUUAUCGUGACCUCAGGAAAGUCAACUAUGCCGACUACACUAACAGCAACAACAACAACUGCUAUCAAUGCCAUGACAAAUUCAACGCAUUUCACCUGUCCAAUAACAGUUAGUCAGACAACAGGCAAUGCUAGCACUGAAGAUCAUUUAAUUGGUGGUGGUGGUGGUAGAGAUAAUAAUCCGUGCAAUACCUGUAAUAAUAAUAAUAAUAAUAAUAAUAAUAAUAAUAAUACAAGUUCAAUAAUCAAUCCGAUAAAUAAUAAUCCUAUACUGAUGAAUAUUCCUUCUAUCCAAAGCGAUUCUGAAUGCUUUUGUGAUGAGAAUUUAUCAUAUCCAGGUAGGAUGUGUUAUUAUCAACAUCAUCCACAACAACAAGAACAAAUUAACAUGACAAAUACAAGUAAUCAAGCUCACUUUGAGAAUAAGUGUUGGUCUCCACCCUAUCCAACUGCCUCGACUACUACUAAUACAGAACCAGAUGGUGUCGAUGGUGGUAAUGACAAGUCUGAUGAUGAAAAUCUACCCGGAUAUAUUAUUAGCUGUUUAACAAAAGUAUGCUCGGGUUUAUUAGUCAACGCCUAUCCAGAUGCCAAUUCAUGUGAAGAAUUCCUACAGAUAUUGGAAAUGAUUUUAAGUCAUGUAGCUUUCAGUGAACAACAGAAAAAGCUUGUCUUAUUUUGGAAACAUCGUGUACUUGUUGUCUAUGGUCAAUAUUUAAAUCAUCAUUCUCAUGCAUAUUCAUCAAAAUCUAAAUCUGAUUCUACUAAUUAUAAUUAUUGUCCUCGUUCUGUAUCACAAGUUCAUUAUUUUGAUAAUCGAUUUCGUAAAUAUCCAACUCAUUAUGCCAGUCAAGAACAACGAACAAAUUCUAAUCAUUUGGGCUAUAAUAAAACGUUACAGAUAAAUUCUCUCUCUCCUUCCAGUGUUUGUUUUCAUAAUAUUCAGGAUACAUCACGCCUUACUAUGGAUAGUUUAGAAGUACCAUCACAAUCAAUGGUUGAUGCCAGCUCAAUCCACUCGAAUACAUCUUUAAACAUUCCUGUAACAGCAGAGAUAUCACGACGACAUAGUGUUUCUGUAGGUGAUCCUCAAAACCAUCUAAUAGUUGGUAAAUCGAUCAACAGGCGUAGAAUGCCUAGUCCAAAUUCACCGUGUUUUUCAUCAGGUAGAAGUGGUAUACCAGGGAAUCUUAACUCACUUAAUUUAGGCUAUACAAACCAUCCACAAGCAUCUUCUGAUAUGGAGUUAUCUGGUUAUCCAUCACAACUGCCGAAACCACGUUUUCAUAGCCCAUCAAGAUUUGAUCCAUCCAUCAAUAUAACAUCACGCCGAAACUUGAUACCUUUAGCGACAGCUCCAGUUACUAGGAUGCCUUCGCCGUCUGAUGUUUGUCGUAACAGUAAUCAGUGUAGUGAUUGGCUACCUCCUAAUAACAGAUUUGUAUUUCCAAUGGCUCCUUUCACCUCGAGUAUUUCACCGCUGUCAACAUGUGAAGGAUCUUGUUCAGAUCACGUGAAUCCUGACAGUCAUCUACUACAGCAAUUACAAACUCCAAAUGUUCCAAUUUGUAUGCUAUCACUUCAAAAUGCAUAUCAGAACACUUAUGGUUCGUGUAGUUGUCUACCGCCUACAAAGACAAACCCGCAUCCACCCUUAAUGUUAAGCUCAUCUAAUCAUCCAAAAGGCAAUCUUCUUCAAAAUAAUACUAUUCAGCCUAAUUUUGAUGGGAAUUCAAGAAAAAACUUUUUAUCUACCCUGAAUAAUAAUAGUAAUAAUUAUUCAUCAAUUCCGUGUAUUCCCCAUUCAGUUGUAACGAAUUCCGGUAAUAAUACUAUUCAUCCAACACCGAUUUCAUCCUACAAGUCAACAUCAACAUUAAUUGGAAAUAAUCCAUUGAAUUCAUCGAGUUGUUCAACUGAUAAGUCAACACAGCCGUAUGUAUCAUCAAUACCACAAGAGGUGAACAACAUUCCAACAGUUGGUGGUUGUGGUGGCGGUGUUGGUUAUUGGUCAAAUAACUUUCCUGCAAAUCAACAAGCUAGUCGAAAUCAAAAAAUCUCUUCAGUACAUGAGAUCCAGUGUUUACAUCCUCAUCUUUACGAUUCAAAUAAUGAUGAUAAUAAUAACAGUCAUAAUCAUAAUAGUAAUAAUAAUAAUAAUACUAGUAAUAAAGAUUUACUUGUCUUUGUUGAUAAUUAUAUUGCUACUGCAGAGAAUAAUAAUAUUAUUAUAGGCGGGGAUUCUUCUGAUGCAUCAAAUAAUGAUCGAAUCAAUAGAGAUUUAGAUUUACUUACACGUGAAGUUACAGAACAUGCUAUAGGUGGUUUCGAUUCUGCAACUGAAUAAUUAGACGUAAGGGGGAUGUCUUUACAAUGCGCCUGAAUGGAUUGCGUCAAUUUGGUUAGCAUUUUAUUUUUAUUAUGUGUGAUAGAUAAAUCCAUAUAAUAAUUUUAAGUUAUCAUUUCUAUGUGUUGGUGGAUAAUCUUCCCCCUCCCCCCCCGCCUAUUUGUUUUCCUUUAAUUUUUUGCGCCAGUUUUGUCAUAAAAUAUUGUUUUAAAUUCAAUUUUUAGUCUCUGUUUGUUUUAUCCUUAUUCACAAGUAUCUCUUAGUACAUAUACAUAUGUAUUACUAUUAUCAUUGUUAUUAUUAUUACUAUUAAUCUUUAUUUUUAUUUAUCUAAUUGUCGUAACUAAAUCCACUUUAUUCUUUCUGAUAAAUAUUGUGGAGUUUAUCCUUAUAAUUGUGUUUUGUUUCUCAAGCAAUAAUAAUAAUAUUCAUAAACUCUAUCGGGGAUUAUUCGAAAUGUAUUCAUUUACUUAUUUAUCUAUCCAUCUAUCUAUCAAUGUCUCCUUGUUAUCCAAUCAUGAAUGUCUAAAUCAGUGUACGGGGAUGUCCUUGUCGACUGGUAUCGACAUGUGUACUGCUAUAAUAUACAUAUAUACAUAUACGAAUACACUACAGCAUUUAUUUAUUUAUUUAUUAUUGCCAAUUUUGUUUUUUGUUUUGUUUUUUUCAAUUCCAAGAUAUACACUGUGUGUGUGUGUGCAUGUGUUCCUUUUAUGUGGUUUGAGUUUUUUUUCUCUUGUUUUGUUUUGUUUUAAUUUUGUGAAGGCGGGCCCUUUAACUCUUUUAACACAUUAUAUAUUAUAAUAAUAAGUCUUGUCACUUUUUUUUAGUUGGUUGUUUUUCUUUUUCCUCUGUCCAUUGUUACUUUACUCGAAUUUAUUUGCAUUUGUAUUCUAUCAUACAUACAGCAGAAAACGCAAUAAUAGUAAUAACAAUAAUAAUAAUAAUAAUAUGUGCUUUUAGUGACUCUUUUUAUUAUAUUUAUUUAUUUUCUU